CGCUUCUGGGUGGACGGUUCUCCAACACUCAUCCAGGGCGGUCUUGAUUGCCACUACAAUGCCUCAUCUCGCCACGUGUUCUGGCAGCCUAUUCGACAGUGGGAUCAGCCUGUUCGUGAAGAACCUGGCCCAGAGUUGCAGCCUACUAUGAUUCCGCUGGAAUCUAAAGCUAUACCCCCUGGUGCAACUUGCCGGGAUCGCAGGGAAUAG